AUGAAGAUUGUUUACACUCUUAUUUUUUUGGGAUUCGUUUGGGAAUCUACGUGUCAAGAUCCUAGAGUGCUUCGCGUACGUCAAACAAAUCCAGGUGACAAUGAGCCAAAUUUUGUUACACCUGAAUACAUCCUGCCAUGUAGCAGAAGUGACCCGCAGAUUGAGGUUUGCAUUCAGAAGGCAUUUAAUCACUUGAAACCGUACUUAGUUAAAGGUAUCCCGGAAUUGGAAUUGCCACCAAUUGAACCUUUAGUAAUUCCGCAACUAGGGAUGGAAAAUGGCCAGGGGGCAGUUCGGGUUAGAGCGCUAUUCACCAACAUAACAACAUUAGGAUCCGGGAAUUAUACUGUCAGCAAAGUGCGCGCUGAUUUGCGCAACCUGAGAGUCGAUUUGCAGCUCAGUAUCCCAAAAAUAGAGAUAAAAGGAAACUAUGACGUAAACGGAAAAGUUCUUCUCUUCCCGAUCCAGAGUCACGGCGACUUUUGGGCUCUCUUUGGUAAUGUUGAGGCAAUCGCAAGAGUUCAGGGAGUCGAAGAACUGAAAAAUGGAGUCAGGUACAUGAGUUUUAAUUGGUUGAGUUAUUACUAUAGAUAUGUUUUUGAAAAAAAGUGA